GAAGAAAGAGAUUGUGAAUAAGCCUGGACUCUAGAUAGUGAUGCAAUAGUGCAGAAUCCAGAAUGGAUGUCCUCUUUGUAGCCAUCCUUGCUGUGCCACUUAUCUUGGGACAAGAAUAUGGGGAUGAAGAAGGACUAGAAGAGGAUGAUUAUUAUCAGGUGGUCUAUUAUUAUACAGUCACCCCCAAUUAUGAUGACUUUGGUGUAAAUUUCACUGUUGAUUACUCCAUAUUUGAAUCAGAAGACAGACUGAACAGGUUGGAUAAAGAGGUAAGGGAAGGAGCGGAAACUACUACCAUUAGUCACGAAACAGAAAUUACAGACCAUCAGGAGCCUGAAACAUUGAAACCAAUGACAAUGGAACCACAGAGUCCAGAUCUGAACGAUGCUGUAUCCAGUCUGCAGAGUCCUGUUCCCCUCCUCCUGUCCUGGGCCCUCGUUCAGGGGGGGAUGUAUUUCAUGUAG